CCAGAAGUCACAGAGUGAAUGGAGCCAAGAUUUGUCUGUGGGUUCUGGGAGGAGCUCAGAGCCUGGAGCUGGUGAGGUCAACCCAUGAGGUCACAAUGUGGCCUCCCCAGGACAAUGCCAGGGCAGGAGGCGCCUGGCCAGAGGACAUCGCAAAGCAGCAUGGGCCGUGGACGCCAGUGUUGACUAGCCCUGCCAUGGGAAACAACAGUUCCCACAAGAGAACCAAAGUGCCCAAGCGGGCUGUUAAGGAGAGGCCGCCUGAUAUGAACAAGGCCCGAGAAAAACAGCAGUUCUUCAGCCACCUGAAGCAGAGGCCAAGCACCAAGAUCGUGCUGCUAUUCCCCGUGGACAAGCGGCAGCAGCGAGCCGAGGUGGCGGCGGGCGCCCGAGGGGGCUCCCCGGCGGCGACACCCAUGAUGCGAGGAGCAGGCGACGGCGCCGAGCGGCACGAGGACGCGCGCGCGAGAGAGAUGAAGAUCCUGGUCCUGCUGUUGUUGCUAGACUCGCGGCUGCAGGAGGAGGGGCGCCGCGCGGCGGGCGGGGCCGGCGCAGGAGGCGGAGCCAAGGCCGCGCAGGCCUGGCAGCGACUCUAUAGGCGCCUGGUGGCCGAAAGCGAGACCCACCGCGAGGCUGACCUCGCCGAGGAGCAGCCGCGCAAGCGGUGCCGCUGACCUCGCCCGCGGCUCUGAACGCCUGGACCAGCCCCGCGGCCCUGGCCCAAUAAAAAGCGCAUAACAAC